AUGCCUUCAUGUUUCUCUAGUCUUUUCGGCGCUGCUGCUCAGCCAGCCGACCAGCUUCGGGAAAUCAAAACGACAACGCGCCUCGAACUGCACCAGGGCAAAAGGAUCAACCAGUAUCGCAGAGGCUUGAAAAUAGGAACAGGGAAGCACGGCGAAGUAUAUUGCUGCACUAACGAGCGGACAAACGAGAUUGUGGCCAUGAAGAUAGUCAAGAGAAGUGGUCCCAGGGACCGACUCAGGCUGUUGCGACGAAGUCACCAGUCCAGUACCUCUGACAGACUUGGUACCACGGAGAACAGCAUCAGGAAAGAGAUUGCUAUCAUGAAAGUCUGCCGCCACGUUCAUUUGGUCGAGUUAUUCGAGGUUAUCGACGACCCAACGAAAGACCGAAUAUGCAUAGUGAUGGAACAUCUAUCUGGUGGUCAGGUUCAGUGGGCUGACGAGAACGACAAGCCCCUCCUAUUCCUCGACCAGACCCGGAGAAUUAUCAGAGAUGUCAUUGUUGGGCUGGAAUAUCUGCACUUCCAUGGCAUCAUUCAUCGAGAUAUCAAGCCGGCCAAUCUCAUGUGGUCUUCGGAUCGCAGUACCAUCAAGAUCAUCGACUUUGGUGUUUCCCACUUCUCCCCAUCAGAACGCAUGGCGCCUGUGCCAAAUCGGAACAGCCUGCAUCAUCAAUUCAAAGCCCUCUAUGACCCUUUGCUGUUCCCAGCCUCUGACCUACUCAAGCGAAUAGGCACACCAGCGUUCCUCGCUCCCGAAGUCGUUUGGUUCUUUGACCCUGACAAGGAGGCUUCCGGCACCUCGUCCGAUACCUUGACUUCGCUCACAAACGAGAAUGUAAUCCCCAACCAACGGCCGCCUGUCACCAAGGCCAUCGACAUUUGGUCGCUUGCAGUCACGUUCUAUUGCCUGCUUUUUGGCCGUACACCAUUUUCCGUGCCCCCAUCAGCCAAUUGCAACGCCCAUCACUCGGAGUUUGUGCUGUAUAAUCUGAUUUGUACGCAUGAUUGGGAUGUGGGAGAAACCAUGGGUGCCGAGCAAGUUCCUACCGGGGGGAGACGACCCAAAGAUCCUGGACAUGAUGGAUAUACCGUCAUUCAUCUACUGGACCAAAUGUUGCAGAAGGACCCACGGCGGAGGCCGAGCCUGGAGAAAAUCAAGAAAAAUGCAUGGCUACUGCGUGAUAUCAGCAAACCCACAAAGUGGCUGCGCGACACGGCACCCACACCACCCCUUCCGAAACCUUUAAGCCUGGCUUGGUUCAGGCAACUGAAUUCCGUGUAA